AUGCGCCGAGAUCGCCGCCCUGUGGUGUCUUCAGCUCGAUACACGGCAGACAAGAUGAUGGUGGAGCCGAAGCAUCUCCUUGUCGCCAUGAUGGCCGUCCUGUCCAUCGGCCACGCAUCUGGCCAGUGUGCCAGUGCGCUCUACGUGUUCUGGGGUCCGUGUACCAACUCGACGUGUGAAUCGGCUCAGCUGUAUUUCCCGAUCCAAUGGGAGGCAGACUGCGUUGCGUCCAACCCGAUCGUAACAGUCGAUUUCACGGCACCUAUCGUGAACAGCGGUGUUGCCUCGGCCACAAUCGAGGGCAACUUGACCACCGUAUACGGCGAGGUAUCGGAUGAUCAGUUGAGCGUAACGUUCGGCAUGGGCGAAUCUGGUGUAGAUCCAAGCUCCUACGAUUCAGGUUGGUCCGGGUUUCUGGUUAGUCUCGACAACUGCGACACUUCCUACACCUGGAGCGACAACUUCUUCGAGGUGUCCUACGUCGACGACGAGCAAAACACGAUCGACCUGUCCGCCUUUGAAGACCCUGACAUCGAGAUCCCUGACACCGGCAUAUGUCCCACUCCUAGCCCGGUCACGCCGUCACCAGCCACACUAGCACCUGGCACUGCUGCUAGCCCCACGGAAGCAGGCUCCUCGCUCGCACUUGGGUGCUACGAGGAUGACCCCGAAGACCGUAUCAUGGACAACCUCGCUCUUUCCGACUCGUCGAUGACAACCGAGGUAAAUCGCCGUUGUUUUCGCGUUCCCGAAGACAUCAGUCCCCACACGUGCUGUUUCAUCAAGUCAUCAAACGAAAAGGAUUACAAGCUUCUACACGUCGGGCUGGCUCUGUGGUCGAGCUUUCCUCGUCUCUACCGGAACCUACCCUGUCGCCUCCGCCAACCAGUGUUCUCGACCGAACCCCCCACCCCGCUCUUUUGCUUACGUUACCUCCACCUAAUACCGCGAACACGCGCACAGUGCUGGUGCGGUUCGUCUGAUGCGGACUACGCUCUACACGGGGAGUCCACCGGCUGCACCUACGCCUGCUCAGGGGACUCUGCCCAAACGUGCGGCGGGUACAACGCCGCCAACGUCUACCUCUACCCGGUUGACAGCACGCCCAGCCCCACUCCUAGCCCCACGGAAGAAGACUCCUCUCUUGCGCUUGGGUGCUACGGGGAUGAUCCCGAAGCCCGUAUCAUGGACGAGCUCGUUCUUUCGGACUCCUCCAUGACAACCGAGUGCUGGUGCGGUUCGGCUGGUGCGGACUACGCUGUACACGGGGAGUCCACCGACUGCACCUACGCUUGCUCCGGGGACACUGACCAAACGUGCGGCGGGUUCGACGCCGCCAACGUCUACCGCUACCCGGAUGGCAGCACUCCCAACCCCACUCCUAGCCCCACGGAAGCAGCCUCCUUCGUCGCACUUGGGUGCUACGAGGAUGACCGCGAAGACCGCAUCAUGGACGAGCUCGUUCUUUCGGACCCCUCCAUGACAACCGAGCUGUGCGAGCUGACAUGCCUCGGAAACACCUACUUCGCCACUCAGUACGGAAGCGAGUGCUGGUGCGGUUCGGCUGGUGCCGACUACGCUGUACACGGGGAGUCCACCAUCUGCACAUACGCCUGCUCAGGAGACGCUGACCAAACGUGCGGCGGGUACGACGCCGCCAACGUCUACCGCUACACGGCUGAGGGCACUCCCAGUCCUACUCCUAGCCCCACGGAAGCAGGCUCCCAUCUUGCACUUGGGUGCUACGAGGACGACCGCGAAGCCCGUAUCAUGGACGAGCUCGUUCUUUCGGACUCCUCCAUGACAACCGAGUGCUGGUGUGGUUCGGCUGGUGCGGACUACGCUUUGCACGGGGAGUCCACCGACUGCACCUACCCCUGCGCAGGGGACGCUGACCAAAUGUGCGGUGGGUUCGACGCCGCCAACGUCUACCGCUACACGGAUGGCAGCACGCCCAGCCCCACUCCUAGCCCCACGGAAGCAGGCUCCCAUCUUGCACUUGGGUGCUACGAGGACGACCGCGAAGACCGCAUCAUGGACGAGCUCGUUCUUUCGGACUCCUCCAUGACAACCGAGCUGUGCGAGCUCACUUGCGUCGGUAGCACCUACUUCGCCACACAGUACGGGCAAGAGAUGUGCGAGGCGGAGUGCACCGGCAACACGUACUUCGGCAUGCAGUACGGGACGGAGUGCUUCUGCGGUGGAGAGUCGACCGACCUCUUGCAGCAUGGGGAGUCAACUGCUUGCAACUACGAGUGCCCGGGGGACUCGGACCAAGUGUGCGGAGGAUUCUACGCCAUGAGCGUGUACUCCUACUCGUAACAUGAUCCCACCACGUAUGUUCGUGUGCUGGCUUCGCGUCAGCAUUGGUGCACUAGAGUAUUGUGUACCAAGUUGCGGCCGAGACCUUGGCAAGUCUCCUCCGAUACAUUUCGUGGCGGAGACAGAGGAGACGGUCGAAAACGUCGCAGGCGCCAGAAGCGAUAUGUAUUUUUUGUUCCAAAGUUCGUUGUCCACCCUGCCAAAUCUUUGCAUCGCUCAACGCCAAUUGUGGUCGUGGGAUCAAAGGUGGCAUAUUGCCUGAUUGUGAUGGCUUGAUCGACCGCCUAUUGCAACGACAGUAGCACUCGGUUCAUGAACGUGAGGGCUUAACCUUCUCGAAAGAACUUGAACCCCACCCUAUUAUAGAAUAAACCCUAUCAUAAAGUCGUCAUCGUCCCCGUUGGUUUGCCCAAGGGGGGGAAAGCAGCUCGGUGCGUUUGUUCCCCCCUCCAGGAGCUGGCCACUGUUGAUGAAAGACUAGGGUGCUCAGCGUGGUUGUACGUCUCUAUUCGAAGAAGCGGGAUUCUGCGGGCCGUGAUUGUAGCUCUAGUCUAAUCUAGACUAAUCUUGCAAUCAUGCGACGUGGUAGCAUUUUUCUACUGGUCACCGUUGGCGAACUGACUGGCUGAGUGGUUGCCAUCUGGCCUUGGCGUUGAUGCUUGUUUUUGGGUGGCGGUUGUACUUAACCUUGUCUGUUUCUCUGCAGUACAUGCCGUGGAACUCGUGUUCCAGAUUAGAUCUAGACAACGCCACGAGAUCCGUAUACUAGUUGGUGUAAGGUUUGGACGUGAUGAUGGAAGACCUUACUGGAUUGAUCAAGUCGUGUUCGUUUCUGUAUACUCUUCUUGGAUAUGUUUGUUCUCCUUUAGAGGAAGACAUACUGUAGUGCAGGUACCAUAUAACCUUCAUUUCGUACAUAGAUGCGUUUAAGUCGCGAUUACACAUCGCUUGGCAACCGGAGAAAAAAUAUGUUUCUUUGGUUAUGGGUUUGUGCCGCAAUCAUGUUUCGAGGGUUGUUCAUGAAGGAGGGCUGGCCAGCAUUCAGAAUUGGCCCGUAGAUCUCGCGAGGAGUGAUUUCACGCGAGACGAGAAACGGAUGGACGUAGGCAUGUAUGUAGUCUACAGUAGCCGAGGGGUUGGUACUGAUGUAGUCGCCGAAGUCGAUAUAUAGUCAAUAGUCUUCGGAUUGGGGGGGCUUCCACCCUGCCUGGCGGCUGGAGGCAAUGUUUCUCAAAGAGUGAUCUAGAGAGCAGGAAGGUGGAAGUCUGAUGCGAACAAACUGUACACAGUAAACAUCACGGAAGACUCGCGAAUGGUAUCGUAUGCUUGGAGACAAAGACAAGGGAGUGGAGCGGCCGACGGGAGAAGGCACGGUGUGGGGUAGGCGUAUGAAGAGGCCAAUAUCACUGAACGAGUAGUGGCAUUAUGACCUCGAGAUUGGCGAAGAAAAUGAUAGGGUGCUAUUUUGGGGACCUAGUCAUUUGAGACUACUUCGUGCAGCUAGAUCAGUUCCUGCACCGAGCAAAAGAGACCUAGUGGUUGCCGCUCUGAGGAAAGAGAGAUAAGCAGUUGGUAUGUCUCCCUUUCCUUCGGCCGUAGAAAAAUAGUGAUGAAGGUAAUUCGAAAGGAAAACAAGAAAGGGGAGAUUUGUUGCUGGGCCAGACGGAAACAAAUCAAGGUUUAUUGAAGGUAGUCGAAUUGUAGCGUGGUUGUAAGGUAUGCAAAAAUGGUCACGGAAGUACGGGGCCCCUCCCGAGCGGGAGCACGGGAGCCACUACCUCCUCGAGCACUCCGUCGAAGCUAGAUGUCCACAGUCUUACGAGCACGAGUCUAGAGAGAGCAACGCACAGACAAGGAGCGAGGUGGACACUAUAAAGGCUGUGAUCGGUUUGCCAACUGGAAGGAGCGUCUUUUCCCGUCCACCCACUCUUGUGUUCUCCACGAAAUACGGGAAUCGACCGCGUCAGGUGUUGCUACCGUAGGACGAACAGAUGAAGGUACUGAGUAGAGAGAUCGGAACGGUUGCUUAAUGUGAAGAUAACAACAACAACGGCAUUGUUUUGAGGUGUGACGAUCCCCCCGGCAACGAAGGAAGAGGUAGGGGACAUAUUUUCUCCUCUGACAUUCGAGUACGCGU